CGUCUGUCUUGCGGCGAUGCCGAGAUUUUGUUUUCAAACCGCUUUCAUAACGAUGAUAACAAUGUUUUAGAUCUUGCCGUACUCGAGCCAAAUCAGCACAGCAUUCGAACCUGAGGACACUGCCUUUGAGGUCGAGCGCCGUGACUUAUUGAUCAAUUUGUUAUCUCUGUUAUAAGUAGACGCUGAGAAAUGAUCUUGAGAAGAGACGGUCUUCCUUCGUACCCUUCGUCAACAAAGCCCCAUUAUCGGCCUGGUGGGCGAAAAAUCCAAUGCGGCUGCUUCAUACCAAGAAAUUCACAUUAGAUAUAUCCACGGGUGUGCAACCUUAUGCCAUCUUGUCUCACCGGUGGCUGGCGGACAGAGAAGAAGUCUCCUUCCAAGACUUGUACACGUCAGUUCCUCCCAGUGAAGGCUUACACGAUAGUCAUGCCAGGCCCACUUUCCCUUCCAACGUCGAAGGCAAACAAGGCUUCACGAAAGUCCGAGAUGCAUGCGACCAGGCCUCUCGGGCUGGUCUCGAGUAUAUCUGGAUUGACACCUGCUGCAUCGACAAAACCAGCAGUGCCGAGUUAUCAGAGGCGAUUAAUUCCAUGUACGCGUGGUACAAGGACUCCGCCGUGUGCUACGUUUACUUGCACGAUGUCGAUAACGACACCGCUAUGGACAACCUCGAAUCUGCUCUCGAAAAAGCUAGUUGGUUCCGAAGAGGAUGGACUUUACAAGAGCUGAUCGCUCCCGAUAAUGUCUAUUUUUUUGACAAGAACUGGGUCAAGAUCGGGAGCAAGGCGACGUUUGCGUCUAUGCUGCAUAGAAUCACCCACAUCCGUAAAGAUAUUCUGUUGGGUAAUCCAUGCACAUCCAGCAUCGCUGAGAAGAUGUCAUGGGCCGCAAAACGAGAGACGCAGAAAAUAGAGGACAGAGCAUAUUCGCUGAUGGGGUUAUUUGGCAUCCACAUGCCUAUCAUUUAUGGAGAAGGAGAGAAAGCUUUCAGGCGCCUGCAGCUCGAAAUCAUCAAAUCCUCAGAUGAUCAAACCAUCUUUGCCUGGCACGACUCGCUGGAUCAUCCUCACUCUAUCAGAGAUCGCGGGUUGUUAGCAUCGACACCAGAUGUUUUCUCGGCUUCGCCCUAUCCGGUCGUCAAUAUCGAUCAUUCCCAUUUUGUCAACAGUCUGUUUCGCAUCGCAGGGAGCCGCAGCCCCCUUCCUGACCUACCGCGUGGCUUUUCCAUUUUGAACGAUGGUAUCCACAUUACUCUUCCCAUGAAGCAGGAUCGAGACGCGUGGCUCGCCGUCCUCAAAUGUAAAAGAGAAGAUCAGGAGUCUUUCUAUGGGAUCUACUUGAAAAAAGACUUGGUUCAGAUGAUUUUCUUCGGACAUCGCCGACGAAGCUUCGAGAACUCGAGGUCAGAGAUCUCAAAGGCCUUGCCUUGCAUAAAAUACGUAUUGUGGUUGACCAUCACACACCAGCAACCAUUCAUCGACAACAGUUCUUCACUUUUCGGUCCACAGAUCUCGUUUGGGAGCGCGGGUAUUAUAUAUGCCCUGACCCGGGAGGCCAUCAUGAUGUGAAUCAGGGAGGUGGCUACCGAGCUCUUGAUGACGACACUCGAAUUGAGCUUUCAAAUAACGUGCAAUGUGGCUGCGUUUACUCGGUGGGCCUGGAUGGUGAAGUCACGGUGCUU